AUGAAGAAUGCGUUGGUACUAUUGGCGACCUGCGCACUUCCGGCUCUGGGUCGCUUAACACUACACCAGCGAGAUACUCCAGCAGUCGUUGGUUUGGAUAUUAAACGAAGAGAUAUCUCGAAUCCCAUCGCUAGAGACCGAGCAAGACGGAAGCGGGCGGAUACAGUUAAUGUAGGCUUGGAUAAUGAGGAACUCCUCUAUUUAGUCAAUGUCACCCUCGGUACCCCAGAGCAAAGCUUGCGCCUAGUCAUCGAUACUGGGAGCAGUGAUCUGUGGGUGAAUGCUCCCAAUUCCAGCUUUUGUGAGAAAUAUACAAAAUACUGCGAUUAUUUCGGCACCUAUGAUUCCAGUGACUCGUCUACCUACUCUUAUGUAUCUUCGGAUUUCAACAUUACCUAUGCCGAUGGGUCCGGAGCUGCCGGCGUCUAUGCCACUGAGACCCUUCACAUCGGGGACACUAAACUGACGGACUUUCAAUUCGGUAUUGGCGAUACCUCGACUUCGGAAGAGGGUGUACUAGGAAUUGGAUAUGUCACGAAUGAAGCCCAGGUGGGCACGGCGGGAGAACAAUCCUACGCUAACCUGCCCAAGGCCAUGGUGAACAAGGGUUUGAUCAAAUCCAAUGCCUACAGUUUAUGGUUGAACGAUCUUGACGCCAACGAGGGCUCGAUUCUGUUCGGCGGAGUCAAUACCGACAAGUACCACGGCACCCUUGAGACCAUACCCAUCCAAAAAACCGGCGACGAAUAUUCCGCCUUCUACAUCGCCCUUACCGCAGUUGCCUUGACGAAGUCCUCGGGAACCACCAACUAUUCCUCCAGCUCCCUUCCUGCCGCGGUUCUGCUCGAUUCGGGUAGCUCCCUGACAUAUCUCCCGGAUAGCAUCGUCGAGAAGAUCUAUGAUGACCUGGAUGUCACUUACGAAGAAUCGGAGGGAUAUGGCUACGUUCCCUGCAGUAUGGCCAAUAAGGAUUACAACAUUUCCUACACAUUUUCGUCGCCCACCAUUACUGUUGGAAUUGCCGAGCUUGUCCUAGAACUAGAUGAAGCGUACUACAGCAAUGGUGAAGCUGCCUGCACCUUUGGAAUUGUCCCAUCAGGAGAUAGUACCUCGGUGCUGGGAGACACCUUCCUGCGCAGCGCAUAUGUGGUGUACGAUCUAGCCAACAACGAGAUCUCCUUGGCAAACACCAACUUUAACUCCACGACCAACAACAUUAAGGAGAUCGGUACUGGUAAGGAUGCUGUGCCGGGAGCCAGUUCUGUUGUCAACGCAGUGACCACCGCCGCUAUCGGGGGUGAUGGUGCACGCAUUGGAGGCCCAACUGGUGACGCUACCGCGGUCAUCACUAUGGGUGAUGGAAAGACCAGUAACCCUGCUGCUCCAGGCCCAACCAGAAUGCCCAAACAUAUGGCUUGGGGUCUGGCUGGAGCGGCUCUCCUGGCCCUGUGA